AUGAUGAUUGACGCGAGCACGCAAACCAACGAGGACAUGAAGCACAUGGUCAAGUUGGAACAUAGUGUGGCGGCUUUGCAGUUUGUCGUCAAGAACGGUUGGUCACAGAACCCCGUUCUGCCAGAUGGUGAGGACGGUCUUCCGUUUGUCUUCACGCAGUGCUCGAUGCAAGAACUCAUCUAUACCGAGCACUUCUUCCACUUUGACAUGGUGAGGGACAUCCCCAAAAAUCGCUGGGAAACCAUCAAGGCUGAGUGGUCUUUGAGACAAGACAACACUCCUCACUGGUGUCGCGGAGACAUCGAUGAUGCUCGCCACAUGCUCAAAGAUUGCUGUUUUAUUAUCCUAGGCUUCCCCGUGCUUGUGCUUCGCCAACGAGGUUCAGGUCGUGUGGAGAAGUUUGUCAUCUAUGUCAGUGUGGGCACGCACAGGCAGGUCUACCACAUCACAGCGUCUGACCUGCAGGAUGCCUACUGGAAUGAACAUUCGACUACGAUGAGGAAAAAUGGUUGGAGAAAGCGAGAAACAGCUUUUCGCUGGAUUUCAUGGCAAGACUAUGACGGAGGGCUACGUGGGCUUGCGAUGGAGGGCGAAGAAGACCUCCACCAACAUCUUGAGCAGACGGAACAGGACUUCCUACCUCUGGAUGAAGCCAUCGGGGAAGAGCUCUUCUAUCAGCCGGUGGAGGUGGUUUACCAAGACCAUGGAGAUGACUACUUGGACUCCGACAUGAGCGAACCAGAGAGUAAUGAGAGCUCUAAUUCUGAGUGA